AUGUCUCUUGUAAUAUUUUUCAUGUGUUUGCAAGAAUACGUGAAAAUAGUGAUAAAAAUAUGGAAUACUAUGGCAUAUAAAUAUUCUCCACAUGUCCUUUAUUUCAUAUUCCUUGGAAGAAACCUUAAAAAAGAUAGUAUCUCUGGUAAAAACAUACGUAAUUGCGAUGAUGCUAAUUUGCAUACUAAAUUAACUGUCAAAUUUGAAAACUGUAAAGAGCAUUUACGAACGAAAUUAAAUCGGGAUGAUAAAGAUGUGUAUACUUUGGAAAAAAACAAAAAUUUUAAUGAAUUAAAUACAAACAUAUAUAUUAUACAGAAUGAAAUUAUCUUUAACAGUUAUACAUUGUUACUAUCUAACAAUUAUGAACUUUAUCAGUACUUCAGUAAUCAACAAUUAAAAAAUAAUUUAAUGCACAAAUAUUUACUAGAUCAAAGUUGUGCAUAUAUAAAGAAUGAUCUAAAAUCUUCGAACAAUUAUAAAAGAAGUGAUGAUGGACCGCCGAAAAAAUAUAUACAAAAACGCAUUGUUAGCUCUUCGCCAGAAUUUCAAAAAUUCUUAGCAAAUUUAAGGAAACCUCAAUUUUUUAAUCCAUGCAUAUCAGGAGUGUCUGCAAGAUAUAUUAUUCGUAUAAAAUCGACCUAUAAAUAG